AUGACUUCCUUGAAGCUGGAAGACAAGAGUAAAACGCUGGGACUGAGGGUUACCAUUAAAGAUGAAGAGGAGGAGAAGAAUGUGGUUAUCAUUAAUAAUGGAGAGGGAGAUUUACUUAAUCAAGGUUACUUGAAAUCUCACCAGCACAUACAUACUAGUGAGAAGCCGUACUCAUGUUCUGACUGUGGGAAGCGUUUCCUUAGACCAUCUCACCUUAUUAGUCAUCAGAGAAUGCACACAGGUGAGAAACCUUACUCCUGUUCUCACUGUGGGAAGUGUUUUAUUAGACCAUCAGAUCUUUCUAGUAACUUGAAUGCUCACCAGCGCAUACAUACUGGUGAGAAGCCUUACUCCUGUACUGACUGUGGGAAGUGUUUCAUUAGACCAUCUCAACUUACGAAUCAUCAGAGAAUGCACACUGGUGAGAAACCUUUCUCCUGUUUAGACUGUGGGAAGUGUUUCAUUAAAUCAUCUGACCUUAUAACUCAUCAAAGAGUGCACACAGGUGAGAAACCUUUCUCCUGUUCUGAAUGUGGGAAGAGUUUCUCUCAUGCAGGUAGCCUUAAAGCUCACCAGCGCAUACAUACUAGAGAGAUGCCUUACUUCUGUUCUGACUGUGGGAAGUGUUUCAGUAGAUCAUCUGAACUGAUUAGUCAUCAGAGAGUGCACACAGGUGAGAAGCCCUACUCCUGUUCUCAUUGUGGGAAGAGUUUCUCUCAGUUAUGUAGCCUUAAAUCUCACCAGCGCAUACAUACUGGAGAGAUGCCUCACUCCUGUUCUGACUGUGGGAAGUGUUUCAUUAGAUCAUCUCAACUGAUUAGUCAUCAGAGAGUGCACACAGGUGAGAAGCCAUACUCCUGUUCUGAUUGUGGGAAGAGUUUCUCUCAGUUAGGUAACCUUAAAGCUCACCAGCGCAUA